AUGGAAACGAAUGGCGCCAUACAUCCUGAGGUCAAGCGGAAGGCAUUAUCCCAGUGCUUUGAAGAAGCCAGGAAUAAAUUUAAAGCCGAGUACCAAUCAGCCUGUCCUCCCGGUACGCCUAAGCGCACCGAGUUUGGCAGAUUUCUCCAAGGCACGGAUAUCAGCGAUCUAGAGCAGAUAUGCAAGCAGUUAGGCGAGCGGGCAGAGAAAAGGGUGAACAAUGCUUCGCAGCUUUGGGAUACUCUCAAUAGUUUGAAAGAUCUGGGAGAUGCUUUUAUUAGUUGUGCACCGGAGAGCGUAUCCAUGGUUUGGUUUGGAAUCGGCUCACUGAUACAAAUCGGAAACGCGAAGUUUCAGACGCAACUUCUGAUCUGCGGCACCUGCGAAAGUAUUGCAAGGAUUAUUAUUGAUUGCAUCAGGUGGGAAGGUCGGAUGCGCCUAUUGGAUGCAAAAAGUAAUGCGCCAAAUCUUGAAAUAUGGGACACAGACAUUCCGGACCUAAUCUUCCACAUUCUGGAUUUUCUUUGGAGCGCAAGACCGCAUUUUGACGAUAGUCGACUAAGAAGGCUAAAGAUAACGCUGAAGGACGUCAUCAAAAAAGAAGUACAGCAAAAAGUGGACGCUCUACUAGAAAAGUACAAGGAAAUAGUCGAAAUCGCUAAUACCCAUUUUCAAGAGUUGCUUCUCCACGAAAGCUUUCAGACUGGAACUGAUCUGAAGCAAAUAAUGGAGAAUGUUCGGAAAUUCACAUCUAUAGGCGAUGAACUGGUAGAUGCUGUUAACCGACAGGGGUUACUGGAAGAACUCAACCACAGCAAAAACAAAAUAAAAAUAUCCGGGACCCAUGAAAGGCACAUGAAAGCUCUAGACGAUCAUCUGGCGACAAUACUGAAGCAACGUAAUGGCCAGCCUGUCGCCGGCUGGUUAUUUGACGAAACGGCAUAUAUCGACUGGGAGAGCCUAUCUAACAAGACCAAGAUCCUCUACAUCAAGGGGCCCCGUGGACAUGGCAAAUCGGUCAUCAUGUCGAAUGUUUCGAGAGUUCUCGGUGCCAAAGGAUCACUUGUUUGCCGAUUUUUCUUCAAAAAGGGAGAGCAAGAUAUCCAACAAUCAAGAACGGCACUAGAGUCCCUGCUCUACCAGUUAUUAGAUAGCAACCAGGUCCGGAACGACUUAUCUGUGCUAGCCAAUAUUGUUGAUAUCAUAAAUCCUAAAUUCGGAGAUCCUCAGAGCACAGUUGGUUUUGACGCUUUUCUAGCAACUCUCACUUCGCUAUGCGAAUCUAUUCGAAGAGUUUCCGAGGCUAUCAAGGAACGUGUCUGCUUGUUUAUAGACGCACUAGAUGAGUGUCAAGAUCGACAAGAACAGAAUUUUGCGCAGAUGAUUCUAUCGAUUGUGGGAACUCAAACGGACGGAUUGAGGCUGGUGUUUUCCGCUCGUAAUAAUAUCGAUAUUUUGGACGAACUUCCAAAGCGACCGGAAGGACUCGAAGUUGUCGAAAUUACACAAGAAAAAAAUUUAACGGAUUUAACGGCGUACCUUCAAUACAAUGUUGGAACAGUGUUGAAACGCCGUAUUCAUCCAGUCAGAUUUCCCAAAAUUUUUGACACAGAACUUACGCGCGUCGUAAGCAUCAUUCGGAGCAAAGCCAAGGGAGAUUUUACAAUUGCAAGAUUGAUUAUUGCAAGCCUUCAACAGCCCUCGAAAGAGUCCCUAGAAACAAAAAUCCAGCGACUACCGGCUUCUAUUGGUGAUAUAUAUAUGAGUAGCCUCGAAUCUCUUACACCGGAUGAACAAGAACUGGUCGUCGUGUUCCUCAAAUGGAUUGUUUGGAGCGUCUCUGGAAUGACCGUCAUUGAAAUUUCAGAUCAUUACCGUGAACUUUACAAAGAUAGAUCUCUUUCUAAUUCUGCUCAAGACGAUGAUGGUGGCAUAGAAGAGCUAGAAGAGCUGCCGCAGAACUUAGAAUACGAUGCGGAAAUCAAAGAUCUAAUAACGAAAGAUCCAUAUGAGGAUCCAGAUGUCAAGGAUAUAAUACAUCAUCUCGAAAACGCCGGCCGCGACUUUUUCAAACUCGACAAGAAUACAUGGGUGGUCAGCGUGGAUAUUUCCAUCCGGGAAUGGAUACAGGAUGACCCAAGCUCAAAAUCAAAAAUCAUGGAGUCUCGUGGCUUUCAAAAGCGUCGCGAUCGACAGGGGAAUACCGUUUUCAAAUUUACUCUCACUCCCUGCUUUGUGCGAUAUGGUGAGAGCUUGAACGACCUUUUUGUCAAGCGGGAAGCACAAAUGUCUAUUACACUUGAUAUACUGGAUACCUUGAAUAAUCUCUCAUUUCAAGAGAAAUAUAUGUUGUGGCCGAAGUAUGCUAAAGAUACUGAAGGAGACUCUGAGGAGCCUGUGUCACCGCUUAGAUACGAAGUUCGUCAUUGGCAAGACCACAUUGAUAUCCUACAAACUUGGUGGAACGGAAGCAGCAGUCUGGAUGAUCCUUGGUGGGCCGAGCUUUUAGCCCAGAUUUCGAUAUUUAGCAAACUAGAAAACCUUCAACGUUGGAGUGUUCAGGUUCCAAAUAUCCCCGAGUAUCACCAUCGAAAAGGGCGGCGCUUCAGCCCAAGGAGAACAUACCUACAGUCUCUACUCCAAGAACCUAUACAUGUAGCGUGUAGGUUUGGACUACGGCCGAUGGUUGAUUAUAUAUUGCGGGCGCAGCCCCGGCGACAAACAGUCUUUGCAAUCCAGGGUCCGGUUCUAGGGUUGGAUAGCGAUAGAAUAAGUCAAAGUUUUAUCGGAGAUCAAACUACACUAGGUGAUCGGGACACCUUUCAACGAUUUGGACGUGACCUAGGAACUGACAGGGAUGGGGACUGUUCUCAAGACCUCCCGAAAGGCACGAGCCACGAGGAGCUAAACGACCUCUUAUAUAGGGUUAGCCUUCUUAGUAGGACUGCUGACGAAGACCUGUCCAAUAGUGUGAUGGAAUGGAUAGUAUCUAAUUUAGAUACCGAAGCAAUCUCGGCCUGGCUCGCACUCAAAGAGCGCCGAGAUGAAAGAAUACGGAAGUACGCCUUUUUCUUACUAUUCAACAAACGAUCUCAGGAAGGUCCCAGUCGUUUAGGUGAUACUUUAAAUGCGGAAGCUUUGAAUUUUGCAAAAAGACAUGGGGACGAUGAAAGGCUGUUACUCGACAAAUUCGCUGAUUUGAUAAGAAAGCAUUGUUCUAAGCCUACACAACAAACUCCGAUAGUCAAUACACCCGAUGGUUAUGGUCGAUUGCCGUUAUAUAUAGCAGCAGAGCAUCCUAACACCGUUCGUUGUUUAAUCGAAUAUGGUGCUGAUGCCAACAAAACUGGCAGGGGACUAGUAAGACUCCGCCGCGGGGGGCUGGGACCUUGCCCAACUGCACCGGAACUUCCACUGGUAUCCAUUCUCUACGAUCUUAUUUACUGGGAAGAAAGAUUGGACGACAAGACCUCGGGGCGUAUGUUGCAGUCUGCUAUGAUUCUUCUCGCCAAGACCGUAAAGCUAGAGGAGGUAGUAGACUGCAACGGUAGGAACCUUCUCCAACUAGCUGCACGGAUUGGAGACCCCGAACUUUUCAAACUACUCUGCCUUUCAGGCCGAUGGAAUGUUCACGUCAAAGAUAAAGAAGGCUCCACACCCAUGCACUACCUAUUCCGAGACCGGAAAUCACCAAGAGAUAAAAGAAGAAUUAGCGAUAUUCUAGAGAUUUGCAGAAUUAUGGUCAAUAUGAGGCAGCAAAACGAAGCCGAUCUUUUGAAUGCACGGAAUGAGAGAGGCGAAAGCCCAUUAACAUUGGCAGUUGAUGGGCACUGGGUUGAAAUUGUUCGGCUGCUCAUUGAACUCGGGGCUGAUCCUCAUGAUGAAAUUGUGCCUGGCCAUAAUUGCUUUCACAUACUUGCCCUCAGUAGCAGUGGUGAGGAGACUCUCGAGCUUGAAAUCGCAGCUGUUUUAUUUAGUUCCCGCGUCGACUCUGCCAAACGUGGGGCGAACCAGGAAACACCUUUAUCAAUUGCCUUACGGCAUAGGGACAAUGGGAAACCUUACCUAGUCCAUCUUUUGAUUCAGAAAUAUAGCGAACUUGGAUACAUUUCCAAGAGUAACGUCGAGCUUCUCACAAGUUAUGGCGGAAAUAUUUUGCACUGGGCCGCGAAAAGCCCUAGGGAGGAUACGUUUGGCGAAGUAAUACGGACGCUUCUGCAGAAUGGUAUCCCUGUAGAGGAUAUUCAGGGUUUACUCUUGCAAUUUGACUUAUCUCAGAAACUACCAAUAGACAGAGCGAUUAACAACCUAAACUUUGAUGCAAUUCAAGAGAUAAUGGCUAUUCACCGCGAUCCCAAAUCUUGGAAAUCAUCAAGGAAGGAAUUUUUGUUAUGCUAUUCGGGAACAAGACUUGCUGACCACUGGAUCUCUGAAAAAGCCAAUAUUAAUAUUCAAGACUUAAUGGUAGAUCCAACUUCCGGCUUAUUCAAAGCCAAAAAAAUCUUCAACUAUCUCCUGGGCUGCAUACCAGCGAUGUCGUUUUUGAUGUUUGAAACAGCUUUAUUCUAUCUCAUUAUGGGCGAAGGGUCAAUACUACUGCAGUAUAUCGACAUAGGGCUAAUUGCUUCACAAUAUGGCGCUUCAUUUAGAGAUAAAUCUGGUUGGAAUUUAGUUGACGUACUAACUCAUAUCAAACUGGAGGGUCUCAUCGAUAUUUUAAAGCUAAAGGAACGAAACCAUUCACCGCCCGGGGUAAUUUUAAAGCCAUCUCGCAUUGGCCAAACUACUAAUUCCCUUGGGAAACUUUCUGAGAAUGGACUAGAAUUUAACCUGCCAGAUGCGGCUAUAAGUGACGAACUCUGCCGAAAACUUCGCGGCACAGAAGGCGAAUAUGUACCAUUUCAUAUAGAUAGCCGGGUGUACUAUGCGAAAUAUAAAACAAAGGUUUUUGCAGAUCACCCAGUCCCACCGGAAAACGGCUUCUACUUCGAAGCGCAUAUUUCAAACGCGACGAGAGACCUAAGUGGUAGAUAUUCCGCUCAGUUCUCAUAUUGGAAGGAAAAGUUUCGACUAGAAGAUCUCACAUUCGGAAGCUCUACUCCUUCGUAUGAUCCCUUUGAAUUGAAGAUUGGCUUCAAAUCAUUUGGUUCAGGACAUUCUCUAUUAUUUUUGCUCCGCGGCAGAAGUUUGAUUUUAAAUUGGUUGGGAAGCGGCAAACAUAUUCGGUACCAGGUUUCUAAAGAGCCCCCCACAUCGGAAGCACACACACAUUAUGUUGGCUGUGGCAUAAACCACAGUCAAAAUGAGAUAUUUCAAACAUAUAACGGGGUAAUACAGAACGUGGUUAAAGUCCCAGAUGCUGGUCGAUACACCCCCGAGCUUAUUUUCGCAUGGGGUUACAGCGAUGUAAGAUUCAAUUUUGGUACAGAGCGCUUUCAAUUCGAACCAGCGAACGAUCUAGACCGGGUUUGGGACAGAAGUUUCCUUGAUAGCUUUGGACUAAAGGGUGACUCGAGUCCAUAA